AAAUAAAUAUCUGAGAGUUGAAGAAACACAUAUCAUCAGGAGUCUAUAUUCUGUAAUGGCGGAAGAUACGAAAAGACUAAAAAUAUCAAGCAUGGCGGAACCCGAAGACAUCGACAGUGAUGAAGAACCAGGAGAGGUGAUUGAAUCGGCUCCGCCUCUCAGAGUCGGUCAAGAGCGUGUUUUCAACUCCACUGGCCUAAAAAAGAAGCUCCUCCGCCGUGGUGCUGGUUUCCAAACCCCUGAAUUCGGCGACGAACCCACCGUUCAUUACGUGGGGAGUUUGGUUGAUGGGACAACAUUUAUCUCCACUAGAGAAAAAGGGGAACCCUUCUCCUUCAAAAUUGGCCAAGGUCAGAUAUGUUCUGGUUUUGAUGAAGCAGUACUUACAAUGAAGAAAGGGGAAAUAGCAUUGUUUACAUUGCCUCCCCAAUUGGGAUUUGGAGUUUCAGGCACAAAUGGUGUUCCUCCCAAUUCCAUCAUUCAGUUUGAGGUAGAGCUUCUCUCAUGGAUCACAGUAUUAGAUGUCUGUAAAGAUGGUGGCAUUCUUAAGAGAGUAGUGAAGAAGGGGGAAGAAACAGGACAACCUGGCGAUUUGGAUGAGGUUAAAGUGAAGUAUGUAGUGAAGCUGCCUGAUGGUGUUAUAGUUUCUGAAUCACCAAAAGAGGGUGUUGAGUUUUACUUGAAAGAUGGUCAUUUAUGUUCGGCACUUCCAAAAGCAAUUAAGACCAUGACAAGAGAAGAGAAAGCCGAUUUAAUUGUUCAACCACAGUAUGCUUUUGGUGAAGAAGGGGUUACAAUUACAUCACUACCCAAUGGUUUCUCUCCAAUUCCACCAAAUUCUAUGCUUCAUGUUGCAUUGGAAUUGGUAUCUUUUAAAUCUGUAGUUGAUAUAACAAAUGAUUCAAAGGUGAUUAAGAAGAUAGUGAAAGAGGGUGAAGGUGCUCUCACUCCAAAUGAAGGUGCUUCUGUUCUUAUUAGGUAUACAGCUAAGCUAGAAGAUGGAACUGUGUUUGAGAAAAAGGGUUUUGAUGGAGACACUCCAUUAAACUUCAUUACAGAUGAAGAACAAGUGAUUGGAGGAUUAGACAGAGGUGUGGCAACAAUGAAGAAGGGGGAGCAAGCAAUAUUAAGCAUCAAUCAUGAAUAUGGAUAUGGAAGCCAAGAAGUAAACUCUGAUUUGGCUGUAAUUCCUCCCUUUUCAAAUUUAGUUUAUGAAGUCGAAAUGAUCGAGUUUGAAAAGGAAAAGGGUCCAUGGGAAAUGGAUGUUCAUGAAAGAAUCGAAGCAGCUGGGAGGAAGAAAGAAGAAGGAAAUAUUCUUUAUAAAAGUGGUAAAUAUCAAAGAGCAGCUAAAAAAUACGACAAGGCAGUGGAUUAUGUUAGUGAAGAAGGGCAGUUUGGGGAUUAUGAUGAAAAGGUUGUGAAAUCAUUAAGAGUUUCAUGCUGGUCGAAUGCUGCAGCUUGUAGCCUCAAACUAAAUGAUCACAAAAAUGCAAUCAUCUUAUGUUCAAAGGUGCUGGAUGUUGAGUUGUACAAUGUGAAAGCUUUAUACAGAAGGGCACAAGCUUACAUGGAAACUUAUGAUUAUGAAUUGGCUGAAUUAGACAUCAAGAAGGCAUUGGAAGCCGAUCCACAAAACAGGGAGGUAAAGUCUAUUCACAAGACUUUAAAGCAACUUCAAGCUGAGAGUAACAAAAGAGAUGCUAAACUUUAUACAAAUAUGUUUGCUCGAAUGGCUAACGAUUGUUCUAUACAAACCAAGAGACUAAAGAUUGAGAAAGUGGAGAAGAAUGAGAAGGAUGGUGUUAUGGGAAUGGAAUUGGAAAAAGGUGACAAUGAAAUGGCUGUGGAUUCAUCUUGAAAUUGUUGUAUUGUGUGUGUGUGUGUGUUAGUUGAU